AUGUUCUUUUCUAGCCUAGGAGCUAAUUUGUGCUCACUAAUAAGACCAAUCGCCAAAUCCCAAUUCAUACUAGCGUCAAAAGCAGCAUCUGCAUCGUCAUAUCUUCAAUCAAUUCAACGUAUACGUCCAACAACUGCAUCCCUCAAAAGCAACCUUAAUGCGUCCCCAUUUCAACAAUUACGAUAUUCAUCAAUAAACCAGAUCCAGCAUUUUAAACAUUACAAACCGCCAAAAAGAAACGAUACCAAAUCUCCCGAUUUGCAAGGCAAUCCAUUCAAAAAGGGGGUUAUAUUGCGUAUAAUGAUUCUUAAGCCCAAGAAACCUAACUCCGCGUUGAGAAAAUGUUGUAGGGUUCGUUUGACUAAUGGUAAGGUUAUUAGUGCAUUAAUUCCUGGUGAAGGACACAAUUUACAAGAACAUCAUGUCGUGUUGGUUAGAGGCGGUAGAGUUCAAGAUGUUCCUGGUGUCAAGUAUCAUUUGGUACGUGGUGCUUAUGAUUUGGUGGGAGUUGCCAAUAGAUCUACUUCGAGGAGUAAGUAUGGUGUCAAGAAACCAAAACAGUAG